AUGGCGACCAAGAGGAAAGUUUUACCUUCGUCUGCCAGUACUCCUCCUCCUCCUCGUUUAAAGCCUACUGCAAUUCGAACUCCUAUUUCGCGUCCUGCUUCUCCUUCAAAGUUACCCACAAAAGUUCGCAACGAAACGCUCUCGCCCACCUUCAAACCCCGUGUUCAAUCUACCGUCAAAUCAACACCAAUUCGUUCACAGACUCCGAAUUCUGCCCCAAAUACACCAGAGCUUCGCAAUCGGUCUCUGACUACCACCUCUGAAUCCGCUGCUCGCUACAACGAUGCAAGAACUCGCCAAGGAAGUGUCUCUUUACACCAUGCCGUCUCCUUCUCGUCUCUACAAAUUUCCACCCCGUCCUCCGUCUCCGAGUCUCCCCGCUUUUUUCCUUUUGACCAGUCAACGGCUUCUGACAAGGAGAAUCCAAUCUCUCCGACAAUUCGUAUCCGUUCCAAAGUCACCGGAAUUGCCAAGAGUGUCAGCAGCGACUAUACUUCUAACGGUUCAUCUACGCGUACUCCAAAGUCUCAUUCACGUACACCCUCCGUUACCUCAAACACAUCCCCAUCCUCCCCUCCAAUCCCUCAAUUCUAUCCCAUCACCACAGCUACGCCGGCCGCUAACCCCCACCGUUUUGCAACAGUGCGAACAAGCCCCCCGACCUCUCAUCCACCUUACCUACCCUUCCUUCGCCCAAACGGCGACCAGUUUAUAAACAAUGCAAAAAUAAACGGCGCGAAAGUAGACCCUACUUCAAUACCUUUGCCUCCCCAUUCACCCCCCACUUCUGCAUUGUCCUUCUCUUCAAAGUCUUCGGUGUCACAGUCUUCCGCAUCAUAUGGGGGAGAUUCUGCUGUAAGCAGUAGUUCUACGCAUCAGGAACUCGGAAGCCAACAACAGCUUCGCGCGACGCUGGAUACUCUCGUCCACUACACCUCAAUUAAUUCACCCGAUGACAAUUGGUCAGGCGACAGUGGCCAAGACAGAGAUACAGACGCUGGGGAGGACACUGCGGAGCGUAAAGUCAAGGCUGAAGCAAAAUCUAUCCGCAAGAUCGCUGAUUUAGAGAUUACAAACCGUUCGCUGCUCAGUAUAAACGCGUCACUUGAGGCAACGAAACAUCGCCAGGCAAAGGAAAUUCGAGAAUUACGUCGCAAACUCCGAGAAUCACGGCUUAUCCUCCCUCCUCGUGCGUACAGAGCAGUCAAGUCCUCUCUCGAACCCAACGAGGUGGCGGAUGAUGAAGAUGACGGAGAAGAUGAUGAGGAGGACGACGGAGACGCAGUUGAAGAUGGAGACGAAAUAUAUAAGCGGAUAAAAGCCGUCCUCGAGGGGUUGUUGGCGAACGGCAAACGAGCUCUGGAAAGAUCAACAACCGAAGGUGGCGCAAAGGUCCUAAGCGCCGAGGAAGUCCGCACAUGGCAAGGUUCCAGUGGCGAUAUAUCAGACCAUGAAACCCGCUCUUCUCGUGAUGAUGACAACAUCGGAACGCCUUUACCUCGACCUCCGUCAAACGAGUUAGGCUCUGAAGACGAGGUGGAGACCAUGAUGCUUUCUAGUUACUCUCCUUUGCAGAGCCCUGGGGCUCCACCCAUACUCGUCACAGAAUCCGUCUAG